AUGAGCAGAAGCAAUACUCCAGCGCUCUCAAGAGCUGGCUCUCGUUCCUCUCUUUGGAGGUCCUGGAGUCCCAUGCUCGAAGACUUGGUCAACUAUGAGAAGUCGCGUGAGAAUUACCCCUGGCUGAUACGUGACCAUGACCAAGACACAAGUUAUGACUCGAACCGUUCGGGUCGUCCAAGGCCACUAGCGUCUCUUGCAGAAGACCCUGAUGUCGUGAGCCAGUCAGACCAAUCUAGAAAGUCGUCUGAAGAUUUGGAGCGUCAUCCAGUCCCUGAGCCUCUUCUCUUACCUCAAGAUGAGGACCCGAACCUGGUAACCUGGGAUGGUCCCCAUGAUCCCUCCAAUCCACACAAUUGGACCAAACGCAAGAAAUGGCUCUCGACAAUUCUUGUCUCCUGCUUCACAUUCAUCUCACCAGUCUCUUCAACCAUGCUGGCACCAGCCUUGCCGGAUUUGGCCAAACAGUUCAAGAUCUCAUCUGACUUUGAGACAUACCUUCUCAUGUCCAUCUUCCUCUUGGCUUAUGCAAUUGGUCCCUUUUUGCUCGCUCCCUUGUCGGAGAUGUUUGGCAGAGUUGUUGUUCUUCAGUCUGCAAACAUGUUCUAUCUGAUCUUCAACACUGCUGACGAUCUUCAAGCUGCUGGCUACCUCACCCAGCACCUGAACUGGCGCUGGAUAUUUUGGGUGGUCUCCAUAGCCGAUGCUUUGGUUCAGAUCCUCGCGUUCCUGUUCUUGCAAGAGACUUACCCACCCAAGAUUCUCAAGGUCAAGGCCAGAAAGCUUCGCAAGAUAACUGGCAACAGGCUUCUUCAUACCGAGUUUGAACAGAGAGAUCGAACAUUCCUUUCUUUACUCUUGACCAACUUGAAGAGACCGUUCAAGAUGCUCUUUACGCAGCCUGCUAUACAAAUUACGGCUCUGUACAGAGCAUAUUUGUAUGGCCUCAUGUAUCUUGUUUUUGCAUCCUUUCCCAUGGUUUGGGAACAACAAUACAACCAAGAACCCGGUCGCGCCAGUUUGAACUAUGUCUCUCUUGGUAUUGGAUUUGUCAUCGGGCUUCAGGUGUCCGGUCCCCUGAUUGAUAAAGUUUAUGCAAUGCUCAAGACUCGGUAUAACCAUCCUGGGCGACCUGAAUUUCGCGUACCCCUGAUGUUCCCAACCGCGGUUAUCACGCCAGCGGGUCUCGUUCUAUACGGGGUCUCCGCACAUCUGAAACUCCACUGGAUCAUCCCAAAUGUCGGAACAGCAAUCUUUUCUGCGGGACUAAUUCUGUCGUUCCAAUGUGCUCAAACGUACAUCAUUGACUCGUAUGAGCGAUAUGCCGCCAGCGCGACUGGAGCAGCAGCUUUUGUCCGUACCAUGGCUGGUUUUAGCUUUCCUUUGUUUGCGCCGGCUAUGUAUAAGCGCCUUGGGAUUGCGUGGGGAAAUGGUCUACUUGCGGGUACAGCCAUGUUGAUCUGUCUUGUGGCGCCGAUUGUGCUUUGGCGUCAUGGGGAGUGGAUUCGAAGGAAGAGCCCUUACUGCGCAGGAUAG